CGCCGCCGCUCGCAGCUUUCCUCCUGUCCCUCCUACAACUCCCACAAGCCCCCUCGGCCGCGGGCCGCGGCCCGGCCCUGGGUGGAGGCGGAGGCGGAGGCGCGGGAGUUAUGGAGGGGGCGGGCUCUGCAGGGAAGUGCGUCAGAGGAGGCGCGGGGAGAGUAGGGUGCUGUGGUCUGAGCUAGAGAGUGAAGCUGGUGGAGCAAGAGGAUGGGCGGUGAGUGAGCGGGGCGGCGUCGCUGGGCCGGGGUCGGGGAGCUGUUUGACGUUCCUGGCAGUUUGACUAGGGGGCCCCUUCCCGUGCGCGGUCGGGGCUGGGCGGGUUCUGAGCGGCCGGGGUUUUCCUGCCCGAGCGGUCUGGGGAGGGGCCUGAUUGGGUACCGGGGCCCCUGGCCGGGGCCGCGUAGGGCCGCCCCGCCCCAGCCCCGGCCCGCCCGGCCCGCCUUGCGGCCCGCGAGCUGACGGUUCCAGGCGUCCGGCGUGAGCCAGCCGCGGUUCCUGGUGCUGGGACCUUUUUAAGAGCAGUCUGAAUGCCAGAAUGGAUAACCGUUUUGCAACAGCAUUUGUAAUUGCUUGUGUGCUCAGCCUCAUUUCUACCAUCUACAUGGCAGCCUCAAUUGGCACAGACUUCUGGUAUGAAUAUCGAAGUCCAGUUCAAGAAAAUUCCAGUGAUUUGAACAAAAGCAUCUGGGAAGACUUCAUUAGUGAUGAAGCUGAUGAAAAGACUUAUAAUGAUGCACUUUUUAGAUAUAAUGGCACAGUGGGAUUGUGGAGACGGUGUAUCACCAUACCUAAAAACUCACAUUGGUAUAGCCCACCAGAAAGGACAGAGUCAUUUGAUGUGGUCACAAAAUGCAUGAGUUUCACACUAACUGAGCAGUUCAUGGAGAAAUUUGUUGAUCCCGGAAACCACAAUAGUGGAAUUGAUCUACUUCGGACCUAUCUUUGGCGUUGCCAGUUCCUUUUACCUUUUGUUAGUUUAGGUUUGAUGUGCUUUGGAGCUUUGAUUGGACUUUGUGCUUGUAUUUGCCGAAGCUUGUAUCCCACCAUUGCCACAGGCAUUCUCCAUCUCCUUGCAGGUCUAUGUACAUUGGGCUCAGUAAGUUGCUAUGUUGCUGGAAUUGAACUCCUCCACCAGAAACUAGAACUGCCUGAGAAUGUAUCUGGUGAAUUUGGAUGGUCCUUCUGCCUGGCUUGCGUCUCAGCUCCCUUGCAGUUCAUGGCUUCUGCUCUCUUCAUCUGGGCCGCUCACACCAACCGGAAAGAGUAUACCUUAAUGAAGGCAUAUCGCGUGGCAUGAGCGGGAAGCCGCCUGCUUUACAAUUGCCAUUUUUAUUAUUUUUUUAAUAAUGACAUUUACCCUUGCCUCCCUUCCAUUUGUUUUUAAUUUAAUUUUUAUUUUUUGGUGGAUAUACCAUUUGAUUCUGAAAAUCUAUUUUAUUUAUACACACACACCACUAAAUGCUCACUUAAUACUACUAAAACAUAAUGUGGUUUACUCUAAGUGGUUCCAUCUUUCCAACAAACUAGAUUCAAGAGUCCAGACAGAAAGAAAUGGGAUAGAGACUUGGCACAAAUUUGUGAAAAUUGGCAGUAGGAAAUUGACCCAAAACAAGUUCUGCUAAUAUUUGUUAGAUUUUUCAGUAAAAGUAAAGUAACUCUGUCUGUUCAACUGCAAACUCUUUAGUUUCUUUGGAGACCUCUCUGUCAAAACUUCAUGUUUAUUUUGUUCUUGUAGAUAGCCAGUCAGCCAGUGGUAUUCAUGCUAUUUUCAAAGAUUUAAGAUAUAUAAAAUUGAGAAAUUAUCUAUAAUCCUUUCCCCUAAACAUUGGCACUUAGUAGCUUCAUCUGAGGUAAAGUAUGGCAGCUGUUUAUACUGUGUCAGUCUACAAGAAGUGAAAAAUACAGUGUUUACUUUAAAUUUUAACUUUGUAAUUGCAAGAAUUCAGCCAGACAAGAGGGUUAAUUUUACUAUUUUAAUUUUUUUUUUUAACUCUCCUUAAUAGGAUUCUCAGUACGUAUUUUGGAUUUUUUUCUCCUUCCCUCUUCAUAUACCAGGCAUAUUAUUAAAAACGUGCUUUCUUUUUAAUAUUAUGUUAGGGACACAGAGUAAAAUUCCCCAACUGAUAUCCAUUUAUUCCAGCCAAGUACCAUAAAGAAGUUUCCACCAUAAUGACCCUCCAGAGCUGGGAAACCUACCACAAGAUCUAAAGUUUUGGCUGUCCAUUAACCUCCAAUUAUGGUCUUUAUUUCUUGUGGUAAAAUGAUGUGCCUUUCCUUGCCUAAAUCCCUUCCUGGUGUGUAUCAGCAUUAUUUAAUGUCUUCUAAUUCAGUCAUUUUUUAUAAAUAUGUCUAUAAACAUUGAACUUUAACAAAUCUUAUUUAUUUAUUCCAUUACUGUAGCAAUUGACAGAUUUAAAAAAAUGUAACUUAGUAAUUUCUUACCAUAUCCUAAAUCUGUCUUUUUUACAAAAUAAAAUUAAAAAUGAGAAGAGACUCAAAUAAUUGU